AUGGAGCCCACGCCCAGCCGCAGCGGCAUCCCCAGCGUACCGAAGGAGUUGGAUGACAAUCCAGUUGCUCCCACUAACUCCAGAGGUAUUUCACGCCCCAUCCAUGGUAAGCCACCGGUGAGCGAUGACAAGCAAAGGUCAAGGAGAUACCGCGGGGAGUCGUGCUUUUCCGGAAGGUCAACGGUAUUGGCGGAAUCACCUGCGCAGAUGCACAUUUUCUCCCACAGCCAGGCCGCCAACCAGGCGGUGCAAAAUCCAAAGCGUCUGGCCAGCACGUCCUCAAUGAAAUUUACGACCACGUCACCCACGAUUCUGAUGAUGAUGACACUGAAUCCCCGUACAGGAACGGAGCGGAAAAAUCGAGUCUCGGAGAUUCCACAGCUGGCGCUGUCCGGCUGGCUUCCAGCCAAGAGUGCAGUGCAGGCGCGUUUCAAGGGAAAAUAG